AAAAAAAAAAAAAGAUAUAUGAGGGAAAAGAUAAAGUUCCAACUAAAAUGAAGAUACAAUUUGUACCUAUAGAAUAUGACAGUGGAAAAAGAAAAAAAAGUUCUAGUCAAAUACCUACGAUAAAAAGGGCCAUUUUUUGAAUUGAUAUCUUUUUUCUUUUUUUUUAUCUUUUUAAUCCAAUUGUUAUUAAUAUGAAGGAAACUCUCACUAAUGCCAACUUUCCUCAAGAUGCCGAAGGUCAUGUUUAUCAUAUUCAUGUCAAACGUGGUCAAGUAGCCAACCGUAUCUUAACAGUAGGUGAUCAUCUCAGGGCAAGAGCUAUUGCAAAGCACUUGGAUCAUAUUGAUUUUGAACAUUCAAGUCAAAGAGGUUUCCUUACCAUCACUGGACGAUAUAAAGAUAUUCCUGUUAGUAUAAUGGCAAUUGGUAUGGGUAAUCCCAUGAUGGACUUUCUGGUCCGAGAAACAAGAGCUGUGGUAGAUGGAGAUAUCGCUAUUAUCCGAUUUGGGUCUUGUGGUUCAUUAACAGAAAGAGCACCUCCUGGUUCAGUAAUUGUACCCAAAGGUGGAUACUGUAUUCGACGCAAUAUUGAUUAUUUCUGUGAUACUCCUUUGCAUAGUGGUAUUCAAGAUAUGCCUUAUUUAAUUUCUGGUACGUUUGCUGCUGAUCCUGGUAUGACUGAAUUAUUGGAACAAACCUUGACCAAGGCUAUGGCUGAACAUCAAGAAGAUAUCAAGAUAGGUCCUGUCAUUGGUGGUGGGUUGAAUGCAGAUGGAUGUUCUUUUUAUUCUGCUCAAGGUCGUUUGGAUCCUCAAUUUUGGGACGACAAUACACAAGUCAUUGACACUGCUUUGGCCUCUCAUCCUACUACUGAUGCCUUGGAGAUGGAAACUUCCAUGUUGUUCCAUUUGGCCCAUUGCUCGAAGGGUACAGUUCGUGCUGCUGGUUGUAUGCAAGUCUUUGCUGAUCGUGUUCACAAUGGUUUUAUUCGUCCUGAAGUUGUUGCUGUUUUGGAACCUUUAGUGGGAAAAGCUGUCUUGGAUGCUCUUGUAUUGGUAGAAAUUGAAGCCAUGAAUGAAGUUGGAACCGUUUGGGAAAAGAAGAUGAAGGUUUGAUCUCUUUCGAUGAUUCAUUAUAUAUAUGCGUGUGUAUGUUUUUUAUGUGUAUUUUAGAAUAGUAGAUGUAGUUUAUUUGUAUCUAUUGAUUGUACAUUAUUAUAAAUAAAGAAUAUGAUUUGGAAAUUAAA